AUCUCUGGAAAUUUCUACACGUUCUUGGAUGAGAAUGAGAUGUUACCUGAAGAACAAAAAGGCUGUAAAAGAAAUAGCAGGGGUACAAAGGAUCAGCUUCUGGUGGAUAAGACGAUUCUUGCUGAUUGUAAAAGGAGGCAUAAAAACUUAGCCAUGGCGUGGGUUGACUAUAAGAAAGCCUACGACAUGGUUCCCCACAGCUGGAUAAUAGAAUGUCUAAGGCUCUAUAGAGUAUCAGCAAUGUUGUUAACUUUAUAGGAAGAUCGAUGACCAACUGGAAAGUACAACUGACAUCGUGUAGGGAAACUCUAGGGCUUGUAAACAUUCGCAGAGGAAUAUUCCAAGGAGACAGCCUAUCACCACUUUUGUUCGUCAUUUGCAUGAUACCCCUUACCGAAGUCCUCAGAAAAGUCAAAAUGGGAUAUACAUUGGAUGGUGUUAAGAUCAAUCACCUGUUGUUCAUGGACGACUUGAAGUUGUUCGCGAAAAACGAGAAUGAAAUUGACAGUCUAACAUCUACUGUCAACCUUAUUAGUCAAGAUAUAGGAAUGGAAUUUGGGAUAAAAAAGUGUGGUGUUGUGACCUUAAGAAGGGGAAAAUUAACAGAAAGUGCAGGGAUUGAACUUGUCAAUGGGGAAAAGAUCAAGGAGGUUGGUGAAGAAGGAUAUAAGUAUCUGGGAAUAACAGAGUUGGAUAGAAUAAAAGAAGAGGACAUGAAGAAAAUAUUUCAAAGAGAAUAUUUCAGAAGGGUUAGACUUGUCAUGCAGUCAAAACUCAAUGGAAGGAAUAAGAUUAAAGCAACAAAUACCUGGGCAAUCUCCCUGAUGCGCUAUGGAGCAGGAAUAAUUAAAUGGAGAAAAGACGAGCUAGAAAGUAUGGACCAGGAAAUUAAUGACAAUGAAUAAAGAACUUCAUCCUAGAAGCGAUGUAGCAAGAAUUUAUGUUAGCAGGAAAAAGGGUGAUAGGGGGCUGAUAAGUUGUGAGUAUUGUAUUGAAAAUGAGACAAACAGCCUGGCUUGGUAUGUAAAGCAUGCUAGAGGCAAUAUUAUGUCAAAAGUGAGAGACCUUGGGGCAAUGAAUACUGAGGAGGCAGUAGCACCGAAUGAACAUAAGAAUGAGACAAAAAGGCGCUUGGAGAAACGAUGGAAAGAUAAGCCGAUGUAUGGGCAAUUUACUAAGAAUACUGACGGAAUUGAUUGGGAAAAAAGCUGGUCAUGGUUAAGGAACGGAGAUCUGAAAGGGUGCACUGAAGCAUUAGUGUGUAGUGCACAGGAGCAGGCGCUGCGCACUAAUUAUACCAAGCACUACAUUGAUAAAACAAGUGAUACGCCUUUAUGUAGAAUGUGCGGUGACAAGGGAGAAACAGUUAGUCAUCUGGUGAGCGAAUGUGCUAAACUGGCACAGACAGAAUAUAAAAGACGACACGACAAUGUGGCAAGGUAUAUUCAUUGGUUGUUAGCGGAAAAGUGCGGAUUUGAAAGAGCCACAAAAUGGUAUGAACAGAAACCUGAAGGAGUUUUAGAGAAUCACAAGUUUAAGCUACUGUGGGAUUUUAUGAUUCAAUGUGAUAGGGUUGUUGAAGCUAGAAGGCCAGACAUUGUUGUCGUUGACAAGGAAAAAAAGGAUGUGAAGAUAAUCGAUAUUGCCAUUCCUGGUGAUAAUAGGGUAAAAGGUAAAGAACAAGAAAAAAUUGAGAAAUAUCAACCAUUAAAGGAGCAAAUCGGAAAUCUGUGGAAUAUGAAGAAGGUGACAGUCAUCCCUGUUGUGAUUGGGGCAUUAGGGUGUAUAUCAUAUUGUUUUGAAGAGCACAUGGAAAAGAUCGGAAUUGAUGUAAAGUUACAGGUGAUACAAAAGACAGCACUGCUAGGAACAGCCAGGAUUUUGAGACAGACAUUGUCUAUGUAAACUUGAGAUGAUAGAAUGGGACCUUUGUCAGCUUGUUGCUGACUGCUCCCUCCUAUAUUAUCCGGACCAAUUAACAUCUAUGUUUCUGUGAAUCACUUAAUUAGCCAUAAUAAUAAUAAUAAUAAUAAUAAUAAUAAUGAUAAUAAUAAUAAUAAUAAUAAUAAUAAUAAUAAAAAUAAUAAUAAUCCCCUUCCGUUAUCGUUCUCACUCAUGGUUCUAGUACGAUAGAAAUCUGAUGUAUCGUUCUGCGACAACGAUAGGAUUCAGUGACGGAUUUUGCUGAGUUUUAUGAGGAUUUUCAACUGGAAAUGGCUUCAUCAGCCACUGCAUUAUCAAGUCUCAAGUCAUGCGGGUUUUAGUGGACAUUUUAAAUGACUGUCAUUUGCCCAAGAUGAGAUGAGCUUUAAUGCGAGAUGACCUAGCAGCAAAAAAUUUUGGUAGACGAGGGCUGGAAGAAGGAAGGCUGUGCAGAAAAGGAGGAAGAAACGCUCGUGCUUUUCCUCUUGUUAACUGUGUAGUAUUUUGUACAUAAUAACUCUACGUUUGAAAUAAAUUCAUUCAUUUAAAUUGAAAAUCUAUUUUCUCAAAUCGGAACUUUUUCGGUAUCAGUUAUCUCAUAGUGCAAACAUAGAGUAUGUAACUUUCAGAUUAAAUUUAGGCCUUUUUGUAAUUCCAACAGAAGAGGAAGAUAUUCGUCAUUGAUAACAUCAAAGCUGUGUGUGACAGCAAGAACUUAAUUAACAUUUUUACGGUCAUAUUUUAUUUAGCUAAACAAUUUUUAACAUUUGUGGGGCAUUCAAAACUAGACUUCCGUGCCAAACAAGGAAGUGUGUCAUGCGGUAGAGUUGCAGCCCCCUACGGGUGUCCAUGCUUAACCCUAUCCAGACUAGGCUUUUUGAAACUUUCGGGAGACUAGGGGGGGGGGCACAAAGUGCCCCCCUCCGUAAUUUCUUUGUUCCUCUAGCUAGGACAAUGAACUUUGUUUGGAUGGUACUCUUAUCUUUUCUCCACAUUUUAGUAUUAUUGUUCAAUUUUUAAGUCACGUGAUUUCACGAUGACGUCAUCAUAAUGGUGGCCGGAUGAAGCAAAAAUUUAGAAAAUUUUUGAAAAUCUUAAAAUAUUCAUUAAUUCCAAAGCAUCGGGCUAAGAUAUUAAAAUAAGCAAAUUUGAUGAAUUUUCUAAUAGAAACAAGAAGAUUGACACAAUUUUAAUGUUACUUCUCAAAAUUAUUAACGUUCCUAACAAAAGAACUCAACAUAUUUUAUAUUUGGCUAUAGUUUUUUCUAUAUAACUAAAUGAUCGAUACAACCAAAUGUCAUGUUUGAGUUCAUUUUUAAUGCCUUAGCAGACAAAUUAUUCUAAACUUGCAGUUUUAUUAAUGUAAUACCUAUAAAUCUGUCAACAGAUGUGUGCGCAUGCGCAGCAGAAAAAUCAUAGAAAAGGAUGUUGAAUUUGAAUUUUCUGGUCAGAAUCAUGAAAAGAGCACAAAUUAAUGCCUAGAUACUAAUUUCCAUCAUUAUAUCUACUUUUGUUGCGAAUCCGUGGCAGAUUGAACUAUUUUUUACUUGACUAGUUUUGAAAACGCCCCUACACAACCCCCUGAUUAAUAAUAAAAAAAUUAUCUUUUUAUAUGAACAUGUGUCAGAUAGGUUAAAACUAAAAGUCAAGAGGUCUGAGGGGUAUUGCUUUCAAACUCCUGAAGUUAUGAAAGAAAAACCAACUAGGGGGGCACUUUGUGCCCCCCUAGUCUGGAUAGGGUUAAUGUACCUAUACCACAACGAUAACGGAAACGAUGACAGUAGACUCUAUCGUUAUCGGUAUCGUUAUCGUCGCCUGUGCUUAAACUCUCUAUUACCUCCAGGUCACCCUUGAGCAAGGUAUACUACCUGUUAGCUCUCCCCGAGGCCGUGAAAUACCGGGUUGGCGUCCGGCGGGGGCUAGUCUGUCUCAUGGGUAGGGGGGACUCUUCAGCCCUGGUCGGCGACCCCCCUAGUGAUGGUGUCACGAUGAAAAUACUGCUUUGUUGGUGAUGCAAAACCACAACCUCAUCUUCAAAAGAAAAUGAUGAUUAAUUCUGAAAAUAACAUAGAGAACGAC